UUCAACAUAUGGCUGCCAACUCAUCCCUAGACGUACCGACUGCCGCACAAUAAAACUUCUGUGUCCACCAGUUUUUCGGACUUUCGAUGAGUUGGGACAGUAUCCAGAGCAAAGAAAUUUGAUCCGUAACGAUGGAGCGCUCCUCUGCAUUCGCUGUGCUCAUUUUGAGCAUUAUAUUAGGCGUCGACGGCAUCAUGUUUCACCUUCAACCCAACAUGCAAAAAUGCUUGAAAGAGGAACUUCAGGUGGACGUCUUUAUGAGUGGAGAAUACGAAGUGUCCGAGGCUCCAGGGCAAAAAGUUGACUACGUGGUUCGCGAUUCAAAGGGCCACAUCUUAUCUCAAAAAGAGGACGUCAACAAAGGAAAGUUCUCAUUUGUGACUGAAACCUACGACACGUUCGAAAUUUGCUUCAUGUCAAGAGUGCCUCCAACUCAUCGAGGUGUGGCUCAAGAAGUGUCCCUUGUUACUAAAAGAGGAAUAGAGGCAAAAAAUUACGAAGGGCUUGGAGAGGCUGCCAAACUGAAACCCAUGGAAGUGGAACUGAAAAGGCUUGAAGAUUUGUCGGAAGCAAUUGUUCAAGAUUUUGCCAUGAUGCGGAAGAGAGAGGAGGAGAUGAGAGACACUAAUGAAUCAACAAACAGUCGUGUACUGUACUUCAGUAUUUUCAGCAUGUGUUGCCUUCUUGGACUAGCCACUUGGCAAGUGCUGUAUCUCAGACGGUUCUUCAAAGCCAAGAAGCUUAUCGAGUGAUCACAUUAAGACAAUUGGGCAUUAAGAACUUUCUCAUAAAAUUUUGUCAACGUAUAACUUGUUUUUGGUAUCUGCUGUUGGUCAAUUAACAGGGGGGGGGGGGGGG